AUGGCGUCGGAAUCGUUGGAUUCAUCGGAAAGUCAUGCCCAUAACCAUGGCCGCCGCGACAGUACUCCGUAUGCAGCUCGAGGUGGUCUGGCAGCGGGUUCGGGUUGGUUUCCCUUAGGAUACAGAGAGGGCUUCAGUCAAUGGUGGGCUAGUAUCCCGGCUGCUGUCGCAGAGCACAAGGUGCUCUCCCAUCUACCGUACUUACAACGCACACCUCCGACACAUCAGCAGACAGGUAAAACGACAGACGCGACGGAUGGGACAGUCGACAGUUUGCAACAUACAGAUACCAGUCAGCAAAGCGAAGUGGCUGCCAGUUCCCUCGGUGAUCCGUACGGUCCCCGUCGAUGGAAGUCCAGCAUGGUCGAGUUGAGCGGCAAGGAUCGCGCGCUCAACGAAUUCUCGGUUGAACGACUCGGGGAGGAGGCUGAUCAACAUUUGGUUAUGCUGCAUGGAUAUGGCGCUGGGCUGGGAUUUUUCUAUAAGAACUUCGAACCGUUGAGUCGGCUCAAAGGAUGGCAACUACAUGCACUGGACAUGCUGGGCAUGGGUCGUAGCACCCGUCCUCCAUUCCGAAUCAAGGCCAAAAAGCGGGAGGAUGCGAUCAAAGAGGCUGAGGACUGGUUUGUGGAUGCUCUAGAGGAGUGGCGCAUUAAGCGCAAGAUCGAGCGCUUUACCCUUCUUGGCCACAGUCUUGGAGGAUACAUGGCCGUAGCCUAUGCGCUCAAAUACCCUGGUCGUCUGAACAAACUCAUCCUUGCCUCACCCGUUGGUAUCCCUGAAGAUCCCCACGCUGUGACUGCUGAGAUGCCAUCAGAGUCGACUCUGCCCAGCGAGGUCACCCAGGAUCAGCAGCGCACGACUACCGCAGCCGUCACCCCUCCUCUCCCGGGGGAACUACAGAAAGGUGAUAACAAUGUGCUUCUCAAGGGCCCCGUGAAUGCUACGGGAGCCGCGGCCACGGCACCAGGCGCUCCACCUCGUCGAACGCUUCCCAAGUGGUUUGCCUACCUCUGGGACCAGAACAUCUCACCUUUCACGCUCGUGCGCUGGGCAGGUCCCUUCGGACCGCGUAUUGUCUCUGGUUGGACGUCGCGACGCUUUUCGCACCUCCCCGCCGAGGAGGCUAAGUCGUUACACGACUACUCCUACUCCAUCUUCAGUCUUCGAGGCAGCGGAGAGUAUGCACUGGCAUACAUUCUCGCCCCAGGAGCAUUCGCUCGCAGUCCUUUGAUCAGACGUAUUCAGGACGUUGGACGACAGAUGAUUCAGCCUUCUUCAUCCUCUCCGAACUGGGAACCGGCCGAAGUGACAGAUGCCUCGCAGGCCCCAUCUCCUGUGCCAGGCGCGAGCCAACCCAAUGAUGCGUCCACAGCCCGUGCCGCUAGCCAGUCUACGCUGGUCAAACGCGAGAACGGCAUCCCAAUCGUCUUCAUGUACGGAGACCACGACUGGAUGGAUGCCGCAGGCGGGCUUGCAGCCAAACAAAAGAUUGAAGAGGAGAGACGACGGAUUCUACAGGAUGCCACCGCGGAAGAACGCAAGGCAGAUAAUGGCUCAGCCAAGGUAGUUGUUAUCAAGAGAUCCGGGCACCAUGUUUACCUCGACGGAUAUGAAGAGUUCAACAAGACGAUCUUGGAGGAGAUGGAGGAUGUUAAUCGGAGGGAGAGAGGUAGGAGACCAUAA